CCUACACAGAUAUGAUUUUCUGCUUUGACAGUCUCCAUUCCAUAAGCCACUGCAUGAACUGUCAAAUCCUGUUUGUCACAACUCCACCACAUCAUUGUCAUCCUCUGGACAACAUCCAUGUCACAUAUUUUCCGUCUAACUUUUUAAAAACAAAGCACCGAAGGAAAAUGGUUGGGAAGUCCCUGAUUGCUGGUCUGGUGGUCCUUGUGGUGGCUGCAGUGAGCCUGUUCCUCGGGGUGUUCAUUGGCUUGGAGAAGAACAACACACCUCUGCCCUUGGACCACUUCUACUCCAAGGCUGCUGUGGCUGCUGAUGCUGGGAAGUGUUCAGAAGUGGGGAGGGACAUUCUGAAGAAAAAGGGAUCAGCUGUGGAUGCAUCUAUCGCUGCCUUGCUGUGUGUCGGCCUCCUGAACGCUCACAGCAUGGGCAUCGGUGGGGGCCUCUUCUUCGUCAUCUAUAACGCAUCCACAGGGAGGGUGGAAACUAUUGAUGCGAGGGAAACAGCGCCCAUGAACGCCACUGAAGACAUGUUUGGCAACAACACCAAGCUCUCUCGUACAGGUGGAUUAUCCAUAGCCAUUCCUGGGGAGAUCCGCGGUUAUGAGAUGGCACACAAGCGGCAUGGCCGGCUGCCAUGGAAGGACCUGUUUGAGCCCAGCAUUGCCUUGGCUCGUCAUGGCUUCCCUAUAGGAAAAGCUUUGGCUCACGCCAUCUUCAAGAGCAGAGAUUCCAUUCAGAAGGACGCCAACAUGUGUGAAGUGUUUUGUGAUUCUGAAAAAAACAUCCUGAAGGAAAAUGAUAUUGUUCGAUUUCCAAAGCUGGCCGACACUUACCAAAGAAUAGCAGAGGAGGGUCCGGAUGUGUUUUAUAAUGGAUCAAUGGCUCGGAGCAUUGUUGAGGACAUCCAGGCAGCAGGUGGCAUCAUCACCCUGGAUGAUUUAUCAGAGUACCAGCCUGUGCUGAAUGAAAACCCUCUGAGGCUCAACGUUGGGGAAUACACCAUGCAUGUCCCAAACGCCCCCUCCAGUGGGCCUGUGCUGGCGCUCAUUCUCAACAUAGUGGAUGGAUAUAAUUUCACAGACACCAGUGUCUCAACAGCAGAGCAAAAGACUCUGACGUACCAUCGUAUUGUGGAGGCUUUUCGUUUUGCUUAUGCCAAGAGGAGCAGACUGGGCGACCCACGUUAUCUCAAUAUUACUGAUCUCAUCCACAACAUGACCUCAGAUUUCUUCGCUGACGGCAUAAGGAGCAAAAUAACAGAUGACACCACUCACCCAGACAGCUACUAUGAGCCUGACUAUUUUGUCCCAGACAACCACGGCACGGCUCAUCUGUCGGUCAUAGCUGAGGACGGAAGCGCUGUGGCAGCCACCAGCACCAUAAAUCUAUAUUUUGGUUCCAAAGUCAUGUCUCGAUCCACUGGGAUCAUUUUCAACGAUGAAAUGGACGACUUCAGCUCCCCACACAUGACCAAUGGGUUUGGAAUCCCUCCUUCACCAAAUAAUUUCAUUCAACCAGGCAAGAGGCCGCUGUCUUCCAUGUGUCCCACUAUCAUCUUUGACAAAGAGAACAGAGUGAAAAUGGUCGUGGGAGCCUCGGGGGGCACUAAAAUCACCACGGCCACUGCCUUAGUCAUCCUGAACUCUUUGUUUUUUAACUAUGACCUAAAGAAAGCUGUGACCGAGCCACGAGUUCACAAUCAGCUCAACCCAAACAUGACUGUAGUGGAGCAGGGCUUUGAAAAGAGUGUCCUGGAGGGUCUGGUCCAGAAGAACCAUGUCACACAGCUGCUAAGGAUUCCAGACUCUGUGGUCCAAGCGGUGGUGCGUCAGGGACAGCAUCUCUGUGCGGAGUCCGACCCCAGGAAAGGAGGCUAUCCAGCGGGAUACUGACCAUAACUUCAGGUCCUUUGCUCCUGCUCCCUGUUCUCUCAGCCUGGACACUCUCCUAAAAGACACUCGGACAGAGACACAGAUCUGUCUGCACUGAAAACCAAGCAGUGUUUAAGCUACGGAGACACCACUCCAAAACGACUGCAUUCCAAAACCUCUUUUACUCAAACUCAAUUAUUCAGCAAUACUUCUUGUUCUGGCAUUAAUGUUGAGUUUUGAAGUAAAGAAAGAGGAUGCUCCUA